AUGAGUAAAUAUAAUUCACCUAAAAAAAAAUAAAAGAGAGCGACGAUCUCUUCUAUUUCCUCAAUUAAAUUCGAUAAUUCAGAGCAAAGAUCACCAAAUAAUGGACAGUUCGGAGAUGACUUUGUUGAUUUUGAGGAUUAUGAUUUAGAAGUUUUAAAUUUAGAUUUUAUGUAUCGAUAUAAAAACCCAUAAAUUUUAGCUGUCCAUCAACGGGAUAGUGAAAUAACUGCAGAUGAAAUUAUUAGAAAAUUAGUUUCAACAGCUAUUCAUUAAGUAUAAGAAAAUGAGCUAAACAUGAAAAUCCCAUAUCACUCUAUAAAGAAUAUACUUAAUACUGUUGAAGUUGCUAUGAAUGUAAUAUUCUUACAGCCUGAAGAUAACAGAGUAGAUUUUGCAACAAAAGGACUGCAAGAAGAUGUGGAACCAUAACAUAUUUUCAAAGAUACAUGGCUAAGAUCUAAAGUACAUGUUGAUACUUUAUACAGAGAAGAAGAAGAACCUUAUUAAAAUUCAGUUUAAAUGCUACCCCAUUCAAAGGUUAUGGAUAUCUAAUCAAAAAGAAGGUCAAGUAAGGCUAGCUCUGUUGGAUUCUAACUUAAAAAAAAUUUAAAUGAUUAGAGUUCAUAGGCUCUUAGAAACCUCAUUCCUGCACCUAUUGAUUUGACUGAACCUCUCAACAUAAGCAUUACUGAGGAAAAGCUUAGGCAGAAAAAAGAAAACGAAAGAAAAGAAAGAGAAGAAAAGGCUAUUGCUGAUAACCUUAAGAGAUAGAACUUGAUAAAUGAAGAGUAGUAAAAGUUUAAUAAAUUUUAAAAAGAAAAUAAAGCAGCUGGAUUCACAUAUGACUAUAAUGGAGAAUUAUUAGCAGUUCAAAAGGUGAAAAUAAAUAAGCUACCUCCUUCAGCAUAAACCAUUUAGUUUGGAUUUAAAGAGGAUGAUGAUGGAAAAAUAAAAGAUGUUAAAAAAAAGAAAAAAGUUUUAAAAUCUGAUACUGUAAAUAAAUUUAAAAAAGCACCUGAAUAAGAAAAGGAAUUUGCUAAAAUGAUAACAAAUCAGCCUCCUAUAUUAGAUAAUAUCCCUUUGAGUUAAGGUGUAGCUCUAUUAUUUGAAGGAAGAAAGAGAGUUGGUCCUCGUCCAAAUACUGUGGACAUGCAAUCACUAACUCUAACAGGUGGAUCAAAAGUUAGAAUGGGAAGAAAAUAAUAUGAUGAAAUAAUUAAAAAUGGAGGAUUUAAUAGAGGCAAAAUUGAUUAAAAUGAAUAAAAUAAUAGGCUUUUGUAUAGUGCUGGAGAUCCUCGAUUUUAACCUCAACAUGAUGAGAAUCAAGAGAUGAAUACUAUCGAUAGAUUGAAAUUUUUGUAAAAAAUAUAAAAUUAAACAACUGGAACCCUUCCUUCCAUUUAAAAGGGUAGCAUAAAAAUUCAAUCAGCUAAAAUUUAUGAGACAUUAACAUAAACUAUUGAUGAAAAUGAAGAAAUUGAGCUUAAAAAGUUAAAAGAAUUAGAAGCUAAAAAGAAAGAGGGUCUUCAUUAAAUAUAAUCUGCUUAAUUACUUAAUAAAUCUCCUGUGGAUGAAUUUAAUUUACAGAUAACGAGAUAAUCUGAAUGGGGUAAAUCACACUACGGAUCUGGGGCAUAACUUAUGCAAUACAAUAAGCAUAAACCAACAGAAAAAGAUUUAAUUGAAUCUUUAGGAAAAAAUAAACUCAAACCAAGAGAAAGACUUGUUCAUACUCCAAAUACACUCUUACCUGUUUUUGAUUUAAGAGCUUCUACUUCAGAAGGAUUCUUUAGAAAAAAUGUUAAAACAAGUGAGAGCAACAGACUACCAACAGGUAAUCCAAAUAAUAAUAUUAAUAACAAUUCUUAAGCAAAUAAUAGUAACGUAACAGCAAGCAAUCUUUCCAAGAAAGAUUGA